AUGCCGUUCAACGUUCGACAGCUAGUAGCCUUGGUGAUAUUUCUAAGUUUUGCCUUGAUUCUUCUAUGCUCAUUAGACAAAAAUGACCAAAUUGUUACUCAUACUCACAGUCACGAGAAACUGGAACUUCACAACAAUUCCAUAAAAUCCAAGAAACCAAUCCAAAAUAAUAUUAUUAAGAAGAAUGAGGUGGACAUUAAUGAAGCCUGGGGUAAACUGAUGCAUUAUAUAACUACCGUACAAUACCUCUGUAAUGACAGUAGGCGCAUGGGAAAUAUCAAAGAUGGCGGAUGGAACGUGUGCAUGGACGUUAACAUCCAACCAAAUAAAUGUAUAGCAUAUGGUGUCGGGGUUGGUCAUGAUUGGAGUUUUGACAAUGCUAUGGGCGAAUAUGGCUGCAACGUUUAUACAUUUGACCCAACUAUUGACGAAGAAACUCACAAACACGCAGAAAGGGUUUGGUUUUACAAUAUUGGAUUGUGUGAUAAAGACGACGACAACGUGACUUCCAAAAGUGGCCGAGGUGCGAGAACUUGGAUAUGUCGAACACUCAAAUCCAUCAAGACUAUGCUUGAUCACGAACAAGAAGUGAUCGACGUUUUGAAGAUUGAUAUCGAGGCUCAUGAAAUGCACGUUUUCCCAGAGAUAUUGCAAAGUGGAAUACUCAAAGAUUUUAAGCAAAUUUUAUUUGAACUCCAUAUCUGGGCUAUACCAAGACACGGUAGACCAGAGAUAGCAAUAGCCAGAUAUGACAUGUUGACAGACAUGCUUGCAGGACAUGGCUUCAAGCUAUUUUAUUUCAAUGAGAAUCAGGUCUCGCCAGUAAAUGAAGUUGACACAUUAUCAAACUCUGAAGUGAUGGAUUCUAACGAGGCGUGGGGUUUAUUGAUGAAUUAUAUUUCUACCAUAAAGUAUAACUGCAAGGACAAUAGACGUAUGGGUCAAGUAAACGACGGUGGUUGGGACGUGUGCAUGGACGUCAACAUCGAUCCUAAUAAUUGUAUUGCAUAUUCUGUCGGAGUUGGUCAUGAUUGGAGUUUUGAUGAUGAUAUGUCUAAAUAUGGAUGCAAUGUAUACACAUUCGAUCCAACAAUUGGUAAGGAUGACCAUAAACACGCAGAGAAAGUGUGGUUUUAUAAUAUGGGACUGUGGAACGAGGAUUUGGAUGAUAUGAAAGUCAAAAAUGACCAAACCUGGAAAUGCCGAACGCUCAAAUCAAUAAUAUCGAUGCUCCACCAUGAAAAUAGCGUCAUCGAUGUUUUGAAGAUUGAUAUUGAAGCAAGCGAAUUUAAAGUCUUCCCAGAGAUCUUACAAAGCGGAGUUAUUAAACAAGUCAAGCAAGUUGUCUUUGAAUAUCACUUAUGGGGUCUGCCUAGAGGCGCCAACUCAGACAAAACCCAGUAUGCAUAUGAGGUUCUUACCAAAAUGCUCGGCGCUGAAGGCUUCAAAUUAUUUUAUAUUCAUGAAAAUGAGCGUUCACCGGUAGUGAGCUUCGGAAACAAGGCUAGUGAUCACUCCACUAAUAUUGAAAUAGGCUGG